AAAAAAAUAUACAUUUGCAAUUACGAAAACAAGUGAAUAUCUUCCAUUUAUCAGAAGGUGAUUAAGAUAUCGUCUUAUUAAGAACUAUAUAUAAAAGAGAAUUCACCUUUCGAAAUUACAGUCAUGUUUACUUCAUUGUUACUGAUCGCUUUGUGUGGUUGCCAUUUCGGGCACGCCCUAUCCUUGGAUCUUACUGGUCAUGAUGGACUUGCAGGUGAUAGAAAUAUAAGUCCGGAUGUCAGGUCGGAGAAGGAAUCGAUUGCUGAGAGCGUUUUAGCUGUAGAUCCGAAUGUGGGCAUCAUAAGAGGUCAUCUAUGCACUGAAGUAACAUGUUGUCCUUAUGAUAUGGCCUGUUGUCAUGCAAACACGGGCUGCUGUAAACUCAAUAAAGUAAUACCAGCAUCGGCGAGAUUCUGCUGAGAUGCGAAUUCAAACAGCUGUCAGAGUCGUUUCUAAAUAGUUUUAUUUUUUUAUCCGAGUUGAUCAAUUUGUAUAGUUUAAAAAAAGUUGUUUUCAAUUAAUAAAAAGUUUGUUAUAAAAAAU